AUGGAGACUUUUACUGAACUCCUAGAUCAACCUCAAGUGAAAGAAGUUGAACCAUCAAGCAUUCACUCUUUAUCAUACAUGCCACCUGAAUAUGAAAUUUUCAAAUUCCAUGAAGAGUUUGAUGAAAAGGAAUCAUUGGGACAAGAGAGCACAAAAAGUAAUACAAACAUCUAUGAGCAGGUUGAAAAUGAAAUCCAUGUAGGAAUAUCAACAAACGUCCCUAUCUUAAUGGAAUUUCAAUCUACACUUUAUGAAGUCUCCAAUGUUCAAAGCAAUCCAACUUUUGAAUUUUUAGAUCAAGAAGACAACCCUAUCAAAGAAGAUAGUUUUGGAAACUAUACCAAGAAUGCAGAGAUAAGUGAGAUUGCAAUAGCUUUGCAACACCUGCACGUAGAUGUUGAGCCUCCUGUGUUGCACCACAAUGUCAAAUCUACCAAUUUUCUUCUUGUAGAUGACAGCCAUGCCAAACUUCCAAAUUUUGGCUUGCCAAAACUAGGUCGUAGAGAAGGUCGGGAUGCACCAACCCCAGUUAAGGGUAGCUAUGAUAUUGUUGGAGAUGAUAACAAACCGCAAAGCCAUGAAAGAUUUUGA